AAGGAAAUGAAGUGGGAGUAUUGCCCACGAAAUAUUUCCGGUUGAAUUCCCGAUGUCAAAAGCUGUACGGAAUUUAUGGUUCUUGGCCGGUAGUUCGAUCAGAAUAUUACGGAAUCCUUGGAAAUUUCAACAGUGUAACUUUGGUUCUGCAGCGCAUAUGAUUAAAACCGAAAAGGUCGGUGAUAAAAGGAAUGUUGGUUUAAUUAAGCUUGAUAGACCCAAAGCAUUAAAUGCAUUGUGCAAUCAACUUAUGCAAGAGCUUUCAGAUGCAUUGGUUGAAUUUGAUAAUGAUACUUCAAUUGGAGCAGUGGUAAUAACAGGUGCCAAACGUGUAUUUUCAGUAGGAGCCGAUGUAAGAGAACUAUGUGCUGUUGAAUACGAAGCGAUAUCAUCCGGAAAUACACUGCAGAACUGGACCCAAAUAUCGAAGAUGAAGAAACCGAUUAUUGCAGCCGUAAAUGGUCAUGCACUCGGCGGUGGUUGUGAAUUAGCUAUGAUGUGUGAUAUAAUUUAUGCCGGAGAGGAAGCUAAAUUUGGGCAACCAGAAGUUAUCAUCGGAACCAUACCAGGUGCCGGUGGUACCCAAAGAUGGUUGCGUGUUACUGGUAAAUCUCUGGCAAUGGAAGUAUGUUUGACAGGAAUACCCAUAACAGCACAAGAAGCUAAGGAAUGUGGUCUUAUUUCAAAAAUAUUUCCAGUCGACCAAGUCGUAUUGGAGGCUAUAAAGACAGCCGAGAAAAUUAGUAAACAUUCACCUCUGAUAGUAUCACUAGUGAAGGAUGCUGUUAAUAGUUCUUAUGAAACUUUCCUCCAACAAGGUCUUCGCUAUGAAAGCCGACUGUUCCAUGCCACUUUUGCUACGAAUGAUCAAAAAGAAGGUAUGAAAGCAUUUUUGGAAAAACGUGAACCGGAAUGGACAUCUUCGUGAUCUGAAUGACAUCAGUAAUUUAUUAGAGUAAUAACUUUGGGCAUUUUUUUUCUGCAUCUGCUUUGCAAGAUGGAUAUGUGCAUAAAGG